ACUAAGGCCCACUCAGAUUCAACUAUCCACCAUCGGUGUAACUCUCAUUUCUCUACCGUCAUUUCUUCGAUCUCUCUCGAAUUUUCCUUCCCAGAGAGAGAGCGACGGGAAGAUUCAAUCGCCUCAUAAUUAGUAGAAGAUGAGCUCUACUUUGUAUGAUUCCGAUUUAUUUAAGCAGCUCAAGUCAACCCUGACGACCUUUCUAGGCGAUUCGUUGUCUGACGACGUCGUCCUUGCGAUCGCAACCACGUCUUUGGCGCUCGCAGUUGGGUUCGCCGUGUUGCUAUGGAAGAAAUCGGCAUCGGAUCGGAGCCGGGAGCUGAAGCCAUUGGUGAUCCCCAAGUCUCUUAUGGCUAAGGACGAGGACGAUGAUGUUGAUUUAAUAUCCGGGAAGACCAGAGUCUCUAUCUUCUUCGGUACGCAGACUGGAACUGCCGAGGGGUUUGCUAAGGCAUUAGCAGAAGAAAUCAGAGCGAGAUAUGAAAAAGCCGCAGUCAAAGUCAUUGACUUGGAUGACUAUGCUGCUGAUGACGACCAAUAUCACGAGAAAUUGAAGAAGGAAACUUUGGCAUUCUUUUGUGUUGCUACUUAUGGAGAUGGAGAACCUACUGACAAUGCUGCGAGAUUUUACAAAUGGUUUACGGAGGGAAAUGAAUUGGAUAUAAGGCUUCAACAACUGGCGUAUGGUGUGUUUGCUCUUGGUAAUCGCCAAUAUGAGCAUUUUAAUAAGAUAGGGAUAGUUCUUGAUGAAGAGCUCUGUAAGAAAGGUGCAAAGCGUCUUGUUGAAGUUGGUCUAGGAGAUGAUGAUCAGAGCAUUGAGGAUGAUUUUAAUGCCUGGAAAGAUUUGAUAUGGCCUGAGCUAGACAAGCUCCUCAGAGACGAGGAUGAUACAAGUGUCGUAACUCCUUAUACAGCUGUUAUUCCUGAAUACCGGCUGGUGAUUCAUGAUCCUAGUGUUACAUCUGAGAAACCAACUGACUCAAAUGUGGCCAACGGAAAUGCUGCUGACAUUCAUCAUCCCUGCAGAGUUGAUGUUGCUGUGCAGAGGGAGCUUCACACACCUGAAUCUGAUCGGUCAUGUAUUCAUCUCGAGUUUGACAUAUCCGGGACUGAUAUUACAUAUGAAACAGGAGACCAUGUAGGUGUAUAUGCUGAAAAUCAUGUUGAAAUAGUUGAAGAAGCUGGGAAAUUGCUUGGCCACUCUCUAGAUAUAGUAUUUUCCAUACAUGCUGAUAAAGAAGAUGGCUCACCAUUGGGAAGCACGUUGCCGCCUCCCUUCCCAGGUCCAUGCACACUUGGUACUGGUUUGGCAAGAUACGCAGACCUUUUGAAUCCUCCUCGAAAGUCUGCGUUAGUUGCCUUGGCGGCCUAUGCCACUGAACCAAGCGAAGCGGAGAAACUUAAACACCUGACAUCACCUGAUGGAAAGGAUGAAUACUCACAAUGGAUUGUUGCAAGUCAGAGAAGUCUUUUAGAGGUGAUGGCUGCAUUUCCAUCUGCAAAACCCCCACUAGGUGUGUUUUUUGCUGCAAUAGCUCCUCGUCUACAACCUCGUUACUACUCCAUCUCAUCCUCGCCGAGAUUGGCGCCAAACAGAGUUCAUGUUACAUGCGCACUAGUAUACGGUCCAACUCCUACUGGAAGAAUUCACAAAGGGUUGUGUUCGACGUGGAUGAAGAAUGCAGUUCCUGCGGAGAAAAGUCGUGAAUGUAGUGGAGCCCCAAUCUUUAUACGAGCAUCUAAUUUCAAGUUACCAACCAACCCUUUAACUCCAAUCGUUAUGGUGGGACCUGGGACUGGCUUGGCACCUUUUAGAGGAUUUCUGCAGGAAAGGAUGGCACUAAAAGAAGAUGGAGUAGACCUAGGCUCUUCCUUGCUCUUCUUUGGGUGUAGAAACCGACGGAUGGAUUUUAUUUACGAGGAUGAACUCAAUAAUUUUGUUGAUCAAGGCGUAAUAUCUGAGCUCAUCGUGGCAUUUUCUCGUGAGGGAGCACAAAAAGAGUAUGUUCAACAUAAGAUGAUAGAGAAGGCAGCACAAGUAUGGAAUCUAAUAAAGGAAGAAGGAUAUCUCUAUGUAUGUGGUGAUGCUAAGGGCAUGGCGAGAGAUGUCCACCGGACGCUACAUACCAUUGUUCAGGAGCAGGAAGGCGUGAGUUCGUCAGAGGCAGAGGCUGUAGUAAAGAAACUUCAAACUGAAGGAAGAUACCUCAGAGAUGUCUGGUGAUUGAUGAUGACUAAAUAGGAUUCUCUGCCUUUUCAAGUUUUCUUGGUACCGUUUAGUUAUUUAUUUGUUUGUUUUCUUUCUUCUCCCUCAUUUUCUUGUUUAUUAUAGUCAAAUCAUAAAGGGUUUGUCAAAGUUGUCUUUUUUUGUUUUUGUUUUUAAAAAAACAAAGUAUAAAAAGGGACGAACGACUAUGCUGUCAAAUAAAUUCAUAUUCGGGAGA